GAGGGGGUGUGCCUCUUGUUGGGUGUGGUCACCAGCGAUAUCUUGCCUCCCUGAGGCUGAGGCCCUGCUCAGAGGUGCCACCUGGGCUGGGAGUGGCUGCCCUGGUGGGAGGGGACUCCUGGGGCCAGCCGGAGUGUGGUCGGGUUGGGGCCCCCAUGCCUCCCAGCGGAGAGAACCUGAAAUCUUUGUCUUUGUACCAACAAGGGUUUGGCCUGUCUCUUGGCUACAAAGAGCUGAAGACCUCAGGUUGUGGUUCCGCCCUCCGCCUUGUACCCAGUUACCAUCACCAGGGUUUUCACGCCUGUGUUCACAGCAUCUGCCUGUCAGCCAAAACCUCCCAGAUCCUGGCAGUCAGCCCCGCACCCACCCCCAUGUCCCUGUCCCCCCACAUCACUGUGACUGGACCUCAUUGGACUGCCCUGCCGGGCCCCAGAGUCCUCGAGGUCAACGUUCUCCGUUUUGAAAUCACUGCAGCUUCCAAGCAGUUUAAUAACGAGGUCCUGAAGGCCCACAACGAGUACCGGCAGCAGCAUGGUGUCCCCCCGCUGAAGCUCUGCAAGAAGCUCAACCAGGAGGCUCAGCAGUAUUCAGAGGCUCUAGCCAGCACGAGGAUCCUCAAGCACAGCCCGGAGUCCAGUCGUGGCCAAUGCGGAGAGAACCUGGCGUGGGCAUCCUACGAUCAGACAGGAAAGGAGGUGGCCGACAGAUGGUACAGUGAAAUCAAGAACUACAACUUUCAGCAGCCUGGCUUCACCUCCGGGACUGGACACUUCACAGCCAUGGUAUGGAAGAAUACAAAGAAGAUGGGCGUGGGGAAGGCAUCUGCAAGUGAUGGAUCCUCCUUCGUGGUUGCCAGAUACUUCCCAGCGGGGAAUGUUGUUAACCAGGGCUUCUUCGAAGAAAAUGUCCUGCCUCCAAAGAAGUAAUUUGUCAAAUGUAAUGGGAAGGUGGCAGACUUAAGAACAUAGAUAUGAAGUGCCUAGAACAACAAAAAGCCAGCUGCGUGCCUGUCCCUGUGAGUGUAUGUGCUUGUGUGUGUGAUGCAUGUGAGUGUCUCUUGCACACACACUUGGAUAUACAGCUCUGCAUGAACUCAUUCUUGUCAAAAGAAUGAGCAUGUGAAGGCUUUACCCUGAUGGUUACCUAGACCACAGUUAUUUGGACUUUGGGGGUGGGGAAUCAAUUUUUAAACUUUUUUUGUUAUUUUUUAAGCAAACUUCUUUUGUAUCUUUGUUACUUAUAAUAUCCAUCCUUGGACUUUUUGUAUUCCACAUGUUUGUGAUGCUAAGAAGUGAAGUUCAUUUUAUGUGAUCUUCAUGCAUUGUAAUCUACUUUUGGUAGAUAUUUAAGAAAAUUAAACCCUCAUUUAAAUGUGACACAAAAUACAGUUUUAAACACAUAAAUAUACAGCAGCUUCCAUUGGAAAGGUGGGGCAGGCAGAGGCUCUGUUUCACAGAUUGGGAUUUCUCAGUCGUGAGACCUGAUGUCAUCCACAUGCCUCCUGGAAUCCUCUAAGGGGAUCGCCAAAGAACAGAUGGAGAAACAAACUUUACUUCCUUGCAUUUUUCUACCUUUAAAUAGCAAAGUACCACCCCUACCCCUUGCCCCCCUCCUUUUUUCUUAAACUCCUCUUGGCGUUUCAGAGCUCAGUAUGCCUCCUGGUUUCUGGGGAGCUGGGCCAGGCCUGAAGCUCGCCCCUCCCCCACCUCUGCUAGGUGGCCCAGGGCCUGUUCUGGGAAGGAGCCCCUCACACGCCUGGGCUCUUGGCCAACUGGCCUUGGAUGGAUGAAGUCAGUGAGCGUGGGGGUGAGGUUGAGCUCACUCCGGGACCCAGAGGAAGCCCUCCAGCCUCUGCCCUCCCCCCGCACACAGGGCGGGAGCCCAGGCCUGGUUCUGGCAGCUGUGGCCUCAGCUGCUUCCCCCAGAGUGUGUGACAGGCCCAAAUGUUCCAGAGAGAUAGCCCAUGUGGGGGCUUAGAGUCACUAGUUUGGUUCUGUGUUUUGCCUCAAACUACACAGAGUUCCCCUGAAUAACAGUAUCACAUGGUCCAUGUGGAAGGGACCGACCCGGAUACCAAGCUGAGUGUCCCUGAAACCAUGGUAUGUCCAGGAGGUAAGAUAGCAGGAGCGAGAGUUGGGGGUUGCCGGCUUACAGACAGGAAUCUCAGCAGACCAGUCUCUGAAACAUGCUUCCUGAAGGUCUGUGUUGCCCUGUGAACACAGUUGCAUGCUGUGCCCUUCAUUUCACCAGGGAUAGUGACUAAGGUAAUCCAUAA